GCAAGACCGCAAACAAAUGCCAAGUUCCACAAAAUCUUACCAAUCAGAGUAAACACCAACAAGAGUGGGGAAUUAUUGUGAGCCGUUGGAUUAAAACACAGAAGGGUUUUUAGAUUCCUAUUUAUACUCUUUUCUUCUUUCUCUCUCCUCCCUUUCCUCCUUCCUCCAUUUUCCCUUCAAAUUCAAAGCGGGAUUUCCCCAUCUCCUGGGAAUUGCUGCUGCUCUUUAUCCAAGAUCAAUUUCUUAGGGUUCUUCCUUCUCAAAUUGAUCUUUUAUCCAAUUUUACCAGGUGAUACUUGGAGGAAGGAUGGUUUGUGAAAAGCCAGUAGAGCAAUCUAAACUGGUGGAUUCAGGUUUGAUCCAUUCUCAAUCUACUAAAGAGCCUACAGUUUCUUCCAAGAAUGGGAUCACAUCUGAUUCAACCUCAUCUAACCAGUAUGCUGCCUCAAGCAUCAAAGGUGAGACUGGUCAAGAGUAUGUGGCCGGGCAAGAUGUUGAUAAUCCACCUACUAGCUAUUAUGAUUAUUAUUAUCCAGGCUACAAUGUGUCUUUUAGUCCGUCAGAUGAUGGAAGAGAUCAAUCAUCUAUGGGUUUGCAGACAAAUCACAGUUCAGUAGCGUAUUACUAUCCUGGCUAUAAUCCGUAUGCUACCGGAACUUAUAUUGGUGCUGACGGGCAUUGUGUUAGUCAGCCAUAUUUUACACCAGUUACAUAUGGGGCUGAAGCUCUUCCUUGUUAUGCUUGGGACUACAAUUAUCACGGAGAUCCCUUGACUGAAUCAAAUGCUUCCUCUGCGAAUGUUAAAUCGAACCUUUCUCCUGCUACCACCGUGAGGUCUAAUGGCACCAAGCCUUCAAAACUGCAUGCCCCCAUGAAUAAGCUCUCAUCUGUGUCUUUGGACUCUAAAUCACGUUCUGUUGCGACUAAUGCUUCUCAGCCCAAGUUUGAUACUCAACCGAGCAAAUAUUUGAAUAAGCCAGGUUUCUAUUAUCCGUCACAUGGGUAUGCAAAUGUUUACCAACCCGCUGGAAAUUACCAGUCAGUAUCUUUCCAGGAACAAGGUAUGCUUGGAAAUACUGGUCCUAUGAAAUACAGAGCAAAUGCAAGGACGUGGAAUAGAAAUGACAAAUCAAGAUCCAAUAGGAGAAGUGAGUUUGAAAUGUCACCUGAACUUACAUGUGGCCCUCGACUCAAAACCCAGAGCAAUUCAGAUUCUGAGAAGAAAAUAUUAGGCGUAAUGAAGGGAGAAUAUAACUCGGCAGAUUUCCCUACGGAGUAUGAAGCUGCCAAGUUUUAUGUCAUUAAAUCAUAUAGUGAAGAUGAUGUUCAUAAAAGCAUCAAACACAAUGUUUGGUCAAGUACUGCUAAUGGGAACAAGAAGUUGGAUGCAGCGUUCCAUGAUGCCGAGGUGAAAGCAAAUGAAACGGGCGUAAAAUGUCCUAUAUUCCUUUUCUUCUCAGUUAAUGGAAGUGGUCAGUUUGUCGGAGUGGCAGAGAUGACAGGCAAAGUGGAUUUCAAAAAGAACAUGGGCUUUUGGCAGCAAGACAAGUGGAGUGGUUUCUUCCCUGUGAAUUGGCAUAUAGUGAAAGAUGUACCUAAUUCUCAACUGAGACAUAUCCUUCUCGAAAACAAUGAUCGUAAGCCUGUGACCUACACAAGGGAUACUCAAGAGAUUGAGCUAAAGGAAGGGUUAGAUAUGCUGAAGAUCUUCAAAAAAUUUUCGUCGAGGACAUCAAUUCUUGAUGAUAUGGACUUCUACGAAAACCGUGAGAAGGAAUUGCUGAUGAAAAGAAGCAGCAAAUCUGGUGCUAAACGGACAGAACUAUGUGCGAAAGCAAAUCAAUCUAAGCAAUUGGAGACUGAAGCUCAAGGUGGUGAAGAAAACAAAACUCAGGUGGCGGCGUCUCUUGUCGAUCUCACCAAAAACCUAUCCCUCAAUUCAGAUUCUAAAGUAUUCGAUAUUGUGGCAUCUGUGUAAUCUUUGAUUAGAAGUGUUUUGAGUAGUGUUGCUUUCAUUUCAUUGUGUUUGUUGCUUUGUUCUUAGCAUUGUUCGAGUGAAUGAUAGUUUUUCUUUUCGCCAUGAAUACUAGUUACUUUUUAGUACAUAGUUUGGGAGUCGAUGGUUCUCGUAAUUUGUUGAUGCUUUUCCCAUAAACCUUUUGUGUUGAAUCUGAUCUCGUAAUAUUGUUGAA